GGGCCGUGCUGGGGCAGCGACACGGGGGCAGAGGGCGGUGGGAGCCGGAGUCACCUGUUGCCCCAAAUCUGCUGCUUUGUGUUCCCAGCCCCUGGCCAUGCUGGUGUGAACCGCGGCUGCUGCUCAGGGAGAUCUGCUGGCACUGCCCUGCCCGCACCCUGCCCGCUCGGGGGCUGACAAGCAGCUCCCGGCUGUUCCUGGGGGGCGGAGGGGCAGAAUCUGGGCAGGGGCAAAACUGAAUGCACCGGGGGGGUGCAGCAGGUUGGGGAAGGAGCGGGACCCAGGGGCCAAAUCAAGGACUGGGGGUAGGAGUUGGUUACAGGCACUGCCACACAGGGCAGAAGGGGAAACCCGGGAGGGGAAAGUGCAGAGAAGUCCCCCCAGUUGGGGUGAGCCAGCUGCAGUGAUUGCAAAAAUAGGUGUGUGGGGGGGAGGCAGAGGGGCUUUUCCUGCACCUCCCUUUUGCAGGAUUUUAGCUCCUGUUUCCUAGGGCUGUGUCCUUAAUGGCCCAGUGCCUGGGCAGGGCCCCUCUUCCCUCCUCUCUAUGGUGUAUCCUAGGCAGAUUGGCUCUCCCUGGAGAAGAGGCAGGGGAAUGGGAAAUGUUGGAGGGGAUUCGCCCUGCAGCUGAUGGAUGAUCGCUAAAGAGCCUGAACCUCCCCCCUACCCCGGUAGUUUUGCCAUCUGGAGUCUGGGCUCAGUGCUGCAGAAAUAACCCUGUAAAGUGCCUUCCAAGAUGGCCUCCGACUCCUUUAAAGACCCUGUUUAAUCGAUAUUCCAGACAAAGGGCUCUGGGAGGGGGGAGCAUUGAGAAACUCAAUUCUCCUUUAUUAUUUCAAAGGAAGAAAGAAAAGAUAAUCCCCCAUCCCCCUUCCUCCAACCCAACGCUCAGAGCCCAGCACCCCACAUUUCAGCCCUAGCCCAGCCCAUUGCUGGUCCUUGUUCCUGCAGGCACCAGCGACAGAGCGACCUUUUAGGGCUGGCAGAAAAACGCCGCUAAUCCAUGCGAGACACUGGGAUCCUGUCACAGAAGCAGGCACAGAAAACCCAGGGAGCUUGCGUGAACGGGAGCCGGAGAGGAGGGUGACUUUAGGGUCAGCAGCUCCUGUCCCAAGUCAGCUUUGAUUCCUCUUGGGGGACAUCCCUGACAAUGGGGACUAUGCCCACUGCCGAUGCUGUGGCCAACCGGGGGCGGGGCGAGCCACUGGGCUGUGUCAGGCUCACUGGGCUGUGUCAGGCUCUUCAUCUUCCUCUGGAUUCAGCGAUCCAGGCUGAAGAAUCACAUCCAGAUUUUGCUCCAGAUCAACUGGUCUUCCAGGAAACGGGGAAAAGAAAUGGCUUUGAUGGAGCCAGCUCAGGGGCCAGUGACCUUCGAGGAGGUGGCUGUGUAUUUCACCCAGGAGCAGGGGGCUCUGCUGGACCCCGCUCAGAGAGCCCUCUACAGGGAUGUCAUGCAGGAGAACUAUGAGACGGUGACCUCGCUGGGAUUUCCCAUUCCCAAACCUGAGUUGAUUGCCCGGCUGGAACGAGGGGAAGAGCCGUGGGUCCCGGAUCUCCAGACCUGCGAGGAAAGAGAGAUCCUGAGAGGCACUCGCACAGCAGGUGCUGAGCGAGGAAGUGAGAACGAGGAGGGGAAUUGUCAUGAGGAUGUUCUUGGAGAAGUGGAACCACAGGGGACCUUUGUGGAAAGGGCUAAAGGGAAUUUUUCCCAGUGCUUGGAAGAGGGAGAAGCCUGGGGAAAUUGGCACAGGUCAGAAAGGCUGAUGGGAAACUGCCUGAGGAAGAAAGUGGAUGAAACUAUUAACUGUGGGGGAGGAAACAAGGAUUCCACAGCCCAGCAGACAAAUCCCAAGGAAGAGAAACUCUACCACUGCCCCCAGUGUGGGAGAGGAUUCGUUGUGAGAUCACAGCUUCUUAUACAUCAAACAAUCCAUAACAGCUCAGACUUCAAUAGCCAUGGGAGAGUCGACAUGGGAGAGAAACGCUAUCAAUGCCUUGAGUGUGGGAAAUGUUUUAAUUGGACAUCAGCACUUAUUACACAUCAGGCAACCCACAUGGGAGAGAGACCCCAUAAGUGCUUGGAGUGUGGGAAAAGCUUCAGUAACAGCUCAAAUCUUACUAAACAUCGGAGAAUCCACAUGGGAGACAGACCCUAUAAAUGCCUCGAGUGUGGGAACUGUUUCAGUCAGAAGACCACCCUCAUUAUGCAUCAGAAAACCCACACAGGAGAGAAACCCCAUAAGUGCUUGGACUGUGGGAAAAGCUUCACACAGAGAUCAGCCCUGAGUACACAUCAGACAAUCCACACAGGAGAGAGACCCUAUAAAUGCCUCGACUGUGGGAAAAGUUUCAUUCAGCGCUCACACCUUCUUCGACAUCUGAGAAUUCAUACUGGGAAUAAACCUCAUAAAUGCCUCCACUGUGGGAAAAGUUUCAUUCAGAGAACAAACCUUAUUUCCCAUCAGACAAUCCACACAGGAGAGAAGCCCUAUAAAUGCUUGGACUGUGGGAAAAGCUUCAAGAACAGCUCCUAUCUCACUAAACAUCGGACAAUCCACACAGGAGACAGUCCCUAUAAAUGCCUCCUCUGUGGCAAAAGUUUUGUUCUCAGUUCCGACCUGAUUGUGCAUCAGAGGAUUCACACAGGAGAGAAACCCUACGUAUGCUUGGACUGUGGGAAAAGCUUCAAGAACAAUUCCUACCUUACUAAACAUCGGAGAAUGCACACAGGAGAGAGACCUUAUAAAUGCCUCGACUGUGGGAAGUGUUUCAGUCAGAAGUCAUCCCUUAGUACCCAUCAGACAAUCCACACUGGAGAGAGACCCAAUAAGUGCUUAGACUGUGGGAAAAGUUUCACUCAGCGGUCAGCCCUUGUUAUACACCAGAGAAUCCACACAGGAGAGAGACCCCAUAACUGUUUGGACUGUGGGAAAAGUUUCACGCACAGAUCAGCCCUCCUUAGACAUCAGGCCAUCCACACAGGAGAGAGACCCCAUGAGUGCAUGGAAUGUGGGAAACGUUUCAUUCAGAGAUCAACCCUUAUUAGACAUCAGGCAGUCCACACAGGAGAGAGACCCCAUGGGUGCUUGGACUGUGGGAAGUGUUUCACCAACAGGUCAUCCCUUAUUAGGCAUCAGGCCAUCCACACAGGCGAGAGACCCCAUAAGUGCCUGGACUGUGGGAACAGUUUCAUUCAGAGAUCGAACCUUAUUAUACAUCAGAGAAUCCACACAGGCUAUAAACCUCAUAAAUGUCUGGCCUGUGGGAAAAGUUUCAGGAAGAGCUCAUACCUUACUAAACAUCUGAGAACUCACAAAGGCGUGGGAGACCCACGGAACAGCUUGAUUGUGGAAAAAGAUUCAAUCCGAGCUCACACGUCAGUGAUCCACAAAACAGAGAGACGAUUUCCCAUUCCCAAACCUGAGCUGAUCGCCCAGCUAGAACGAGGGGAAGAGCCGUGGGUGCCCGAUCUCCAGACCUGCGAGGAAAGAGAGAGCCCAAGAGACAGCCACACAGCAGGUGAUAAGAGAGUGAGUGAGAAUAAAGAGGAGAAUCAUGAUGCAGAAGUUCCUGGUAAAGUGGAACCACAGGAGACCUUUAUGGGAAGAGCUGAAGGGAAUUUUUCCCAGUGCUGGGCAAAGGGCGAAGCUUGUGGAAAUUGGCACAGGUCAGAGAGGCUGCUGGGAAACCACCCAGGGAAGAGCACAGAUGAAUAUAUUAACUGUGGGAGAGGAGACAAGGAUCCCAGAGUGCAGCAGACAAAUCCAAAGCAAGAGACACCCUGGCACUGCCUGCAGUGUGGGAAAAGAUUCAUUCUGAGCUCACAGCUUGUAACACAUCAGACAAUCCAUACUGUAGAGAAACCCCUUCAAUGCUUGGAUUGUGGAGAAAGCUUCAGUAAUUGCUUAGACCUUAAUAACCAUGGGAGACGCCACACAGGAGAGAAACCCGCUCAAUGCCUCGAGUGCAGGAAAUGUUUCAUUUGGAAGUCAGAAGUAAUUACACAUCAUAUAAGCCACACAGGAGAUAAGUGCAUGGACUGUGGGAUAAGUUUCAUACAGAGUUCAGACCUUGAUAAACAUCAGAGAAUCCACGCAGGAGCGAGACCUCACAAGUGCGUGGACUGUGGGAAAAGUUUCAGACGGAGGUCAGCCCUUUUUAAACACCAGGCAUUGCACACAGGAGAGAGACCCCAUAAGUGCUUAGACUGUGGAAAAAGUUUCAUAUGGAGGUCAGACCUUGUUAAACAUCAGGCAUUCCACACAGGAGUAAGAUCCCAUAAGUGUUUAGUCUGUGGGAAAAGUUUCAUACGGAGGUCAGACCUUGUUAAACAUCAGAGAAUCCACACAGGAGAGAGACCUCACAAAUGCAUGAACUGUGGGAAAAGUUUCAUACAGAGAUCAGACCUUGAUAAACAUCAGAGAAUCCACACAGGAGAGAGACCUCACAAGUGUGUGGACUGUGGAAAAAGUUUUAUACAGAAGUCAGCCCUUGUUAAACAUCAAAGAAUUCACACAGGAGAGAGACCCCAUAAGUGCUUGGACUGUGGGAAAACGUUCAGAAUCACAUCAGCCCUCGUUUUACAUCAGAAAAUCCACACUGGAGAAAGCCCCCAUAAGUGCUUAGACUGUGGAAAAAUUUUCAUAUGGCGAUCAGAUCUUGUUAAACAUCAGAGAAUCCACACAGAAGAGAGACCUCACAAAUGUGUGGACUGUGGAAAAAGUUUCAAACAAAGGUCAGACCUUGCUAAACAUCAGAGAAUCCACACAGGAGAGAGACCUCACAAGUGUGUGGAUUGUGGAAAAAGUUUCAUACAGAAGUCAGCCCUUGUUAAACAUCAGAAAAUCCACACGAGAGGGAAACCCUAUAAGUGUUUGGACUGUGGGGAAAGUUUCAGAAUCCCAUCAUCCCUUGUUUUACAUCAGAGAAUCCACACAGGAGAAAGCCCCCAUAAGUGCUUAGACUGUGGGAAAAAUUUUGUACGGCGGUCAGACCUUAUUAAACAUCAGGCCAUCCACACAGGAGAGAGACCCUACAAAUGCUCAGACUGUGGGAAAAAUUUUGUAUGGACAUCAGACCUAAUUAAACAUCAGGCAAUCCACAGAGGAGAGAGACCCCAUAAGUGUUUGGAAUGUGGAAAAUGUUUCACACACAAAUCACAUCUUAUAGCACAUCAGAGGAUCCACACAGGAGAGAGACCCCAUAAGUGCUUGGACUGUGGGAAAAGUUACACACAGAGAUCACACCUCACUAAACAUGGGAGAAUCCACACUGGAGAGAGACCCUAUAAGUGCUUAGACUGUGGGAAAAGUUACAUACAGAGAUCACACCUCACUAAACAUGCGAGAAUCCACACAGGAUCUAAACUUCUGUGACCCAUGGCCAGAGAGGGCUAAGAAACUUGCAGACUAAUUGACCCAGAUUCAACUUCUAGACACAUCUUAGAAAUGUGUGUAAAUGGAAAUUAGGGCCAUUCCACUUUCUAGAUAAGCUGGAGCUUUUAAAUGCAAACUUUUAUGGUUAAAGAACUGGAAGAAGCUAGUAAUUGUCAUAGUCCAGGGGUAGGCAACCUAUGGCACGGGUGCCGAAGGCGGCACACAAGCUGAUUUUCAGUGGCACUCAAACUGCCCAGGUCCUGGCCACCAGUCCGGGGGACUCUGCAUUUUAAUUUAAUUUUAAAUGAAGCUUCUUAAACAUUUUAAAAACCUUAUUUACUUUACAUACAACAAUAUUUUAGUUAUAUAUUAUAGACUUAUAGAAAGAGACCUUCUGAAAACAUUAAAAUGUAUUACUGGCACCCGAAACCUUCAAUUAGAGUGAAUAAAUGAAGACUUGGCACAGCACUUCUGAAAGGCUGCCGACCCCUGUCAUAGGCUAUGUUUACUUACGUCUUGUUAGAGGUUAACAGUGUAACCAAAGGGUUCCUGUCUAGGGUUGUAUUCUGUUAAAUCUGAGAUGGAAAGGAAAUAUUAACAUGUAGAUAGGGUGACCAGAUGAGAGGAAGAAAAUAUUGGGACACAUUGGGGGGAGUGGGGGAUUGUCUGCCAGUGGAGCAGAAAAAAAAAGGCUAUUCCUGCCGGUGGAGCAAAACAUCAAAUUGUGUCCCAACCAAAGAUCGGUCGGGACGCGGGACAAACACCUAAAUAUCGAGACGGUUCUGAUUUUAGUGGGACAUCUGGUCACCCUACAUGUAGAUAAAACUUGAGUAUAAUGGUGUCAUUAUCUACGUGGCUCUGUAAUGUUUGUAGUAAACUGUCUAUUAACUGCUUUAUAGAUAUUUACCUUAUUUUAAUCCAUGUAAUUCAUUACUAGUGAUGUAUUGUAGGAAAUAGAAGGUUACUUGAAAAGCCUAUUGUUCACCUGAUGAAUGAUUCUGAAACAGACUCUUUGCAAUUCUAAUGCACCAUGUCUACAGUGAAACUGACCUAAGGACUCUAUUCGUCUCUGCAUGAUCUUUUAACCCAUACGCUCUCUCUUUUCUUGUUGUGAGAAAUCUUAGUUUAGUUAAUAAGAACUGGCUGUAAGCGUGUAUUUUGGUCAGAAGUAAAGAAAUCAUUAAGUUGCUGGGUGAUGUGUCUGGUCCUUUGGGAUUGGUAGAACGUUUCAUAUGAUGUGAAGAAGAUGUUCAGCAAUCCCCAUCAUAUUUAACUGGGCUGUCUGGGAGCGAGCCCAAGGCUGGGUUGCUUUAAGGGAGCUGUGCUUUGGCCUCUGUGUAGCCAGUAAGGUAUUGCAGAAGCUGUUUCUUGUUGGCUUGGUAAAUCUAAAUAUUGAAAUAGCCACUAGUUUUGAGGAUUGUUGACCCAUUCUUUUCAGUUUGCCUUAACUGAGUGAUCUCUGUGUGUCCCGCAACCGCGGGACCCUGGUCACAACUUCAUAAAUGCCUUGCCUGUGGGUAAAGUUUCCUUCAGCUACUGCACCUCAUUGAACAUCAGAGAAUCCACAAAUGUGUGAGAGACCCUAGGAAUAGGGGAGCUGGGUGCUGGGGCUAUUGAAUGUUUGGGGAUCAUGGGAUAAGAGGCAAGGGAGAGCACAGAGGUAGAGAGGUGCUGCCUCUCCUCACUCUCUUCGUUUGCCCCUUCUCCCUGCCCCCUCUGCAUUCAGACAACGCCACUGAGGGGCUGGUUCAGAGCUGGCAGCCUGUAUAUCUACUUGUGGGAUUGGACAGGGGGUGAAGUGACGACAGACACAGUUAAGGGACCUGAUGAAAGAAAUUUGAGACCCACUGGUCUACGCUAUUAGGGUCACCACUGUUACAAAAUUAUGAUAAAUCUUGUACAAAGUACAAGCCCUGUGAGGUGUCCUAUGAAAAGUGAUGGUCUCCUGCAUAUUAUUGUCCUGUUAAAUCGUGUACAUCAACAUUAUGUAUGGAGUUAUAAGAUUUUGCGAUGGGUUUGUUACUGAACCAUGCUAGAAAUGUGGAAAAUGCCCAUAGACGAGCUCGUCAGAGACAAUGGUACCUGCACACCAGCUAGGUGCUAAGUGGCCAUUAAUUGCUCAGCCGGCCCUUCACCAGCUGUGGAGCCGGGAACAAGAGAGUUACAAUUCACCAGAAGGACGGCUGGAUGCUCACUUAGGCCACAGACUGAUUGUCACCUGCCCCCCGGCUGGGGGGUGAACCUCAAAGAGGAGAUAAAAGCACAAGGGAGAAUUGCCUCCAUUUUCACCUCUCCUCUCCCAUCUUUACAGAAGGCAACAAGAUGGCUUGCAACUCAACAGGGGCCUUGGAGUAGGGAGGGCGGAGCAAGGCUGGAAGGAGCAGCCUGGGUACUCAGAACUGUGAUCUGCCUGCAACAGCGGGUGGGGUGAGAGAAGCUUCCUUCAAAUCUUCCUUGGCUUGGUAAAGUCUGGGAUUUAAAAUGUGUGUUUACCUUUUAUUUUUGUUGUAACCAAUUCAGAACUUUUACGCCUUUCUCACUUGUGAUCCAUUAAAACCUACUUGGCUCUAGUUAAUAAACUUGUUUUUAUCCCAA